AUGACAUCUAUGGUUUCUGAAGAGCAGUCGCCGGAGAUUGGUCUGAUCCGGGCAGCCCACGAUUCGAUCUGCACCAAAAGAUUUGUACCGAGUAACUGGUGUAUGCCGAUUGAAGAGCUGCACCGGAAUGUGCUUGGUGCCGUCCCGUCAAAGCUGGAAUCCCUUCGUGAGCUUGCGAACACAACCUUGGAGUACACCGAAUUCUACACUGGCUUCUUCAUGGACUUUUUUGAGUUCCCCGCCAUUCCAACUUACCUGUCUCCGUUCGCGCCAUUCAUAGACUUUGCAAAUGGAUCCGCUGCUAUUCCUGGAUUGGGAAACACCCCAGUGGUCUUCACUCAUACAUCCGACAUCGCAAAGUUUGUUGCCGCCGCCCUCGAACUCCCUAGGUGGGAUCGUGGGUCCUACAUCAUCGGCGAUAAAGUCACAUGGAAUGAAUUUUUGAAGAUGGCAGAAGAAGCCAAGGGCGGCGAGGUUACGUUUCUGCCCUCCUACGACAACCUGCUGAAGUCGAUUCCCAGACAACAGCUUGCCUCGCUCUUUGCCGGAUUCGGCAUCCUGUGUCACGACGGGUCAUGGAAUUUCGAACCAGAAAACACACUCAACGAACUCUUUCCUGAAAUUGAACCUAUGAAGGUAAAAUAUGCCAUGGACAGUAUCAAGCGGAAUUGA